UCUCUCUCUCUCUCUCUCUCUCUAGUAAAUUGUUUCAAAACUCUCUCUGUCUCUGGAUCCUCUUCAGGCAGGAGGCCAUUAGGGUUUUCGACUUAUUGGAGCUUCGGAUUCACGCGGUUCUUCUCGGAAUCUCUUUGCCCUUUUAGUUUCUUCUCUCGUCGAUGCUUUCUGAGUACCGCCUCUUCGGCGUUUUCCUCUAGCUUUACUUUUUGCAAAUGACUUGUGCUGAGGGGGUCUAGUACGAACAGAGUGGUUUCUUACAUUUAGAUUGAACUCAGCGUUAGGACAAAGGAACCUUUGUUGUUGAACCUUGGACUCCGGAUUAGUAUCAGUAUGUGCUGUUGUGAAGUUGUGUUGAUGUCUUGAGUAAGACACUUCGAUGGGAUCUUUCUCGGGUGCUUGCGAAAUCGUUGAAGAGAAGGAUGAGGGUAGGUCGGCUAAACAUUCCAGCCGGUAUUAUAAGCCUGGUUUGGUGUCGUGCAAAGAUCUGGAGCAUCCUGUGCUGAAGCCAGCUUACAAGGGUUCUCUGGAGUAUGACAUUGAUAAGCUUUUUGAAUCUGUAACGGUAAAAAGUAUGGGGAAAGGAGUAAAGGGUUCUUCUUUCCAUCAUCUCGAGAUAAGCGCAAGCACCGGUACAAGUCCAUCAUCGAAAUCCAUGAAAAAGCCAAUUACAAUGGGGAUACCACAAUCACCGAGAGUUGGACACUCAGAUUCAGUAUCACUGAAGCAGGCUCUGAGGGAUCUUUGCAUUUCCAAAGCAUCCGAAAUGGCUGCCCAGAAAAGGUUGUCGAAAUCUGCUGCUGCAUCCCCGAGGAUCUCAGAAGCAGACAGGAUAAAGAGUUUGUAUAAUCAAGUUUUGGUUGAAUCUUCCAGCAGGUCUGGGCUUCCUGUGGAUAAGGGUAAAGGCAGUUUGGUUGAGAUGUCCUUGACACCAGAAGAAAAUAAACCGAGUUCUUCCAGGAGUGUUGAUGUCCUCGAGACAGAGAUUCUGGCACCUAGUUCCCGAACCUCUCAGCCUGGAGUCGUUCUUCGUGAAAGUGGAAAUAACUCCGGGUCACAAAGAAUUGCAAACAAGAAGUCAGAAACCGAGUUAUUGCUCAAAUCCAGCAAGUCUAGGUCUGGUUCUGGUUCUUGCUGUGGAGAUGAAAUGAGGGAAUCAGACAGAGGUGGUGUGAUAGAAAUAGAUGAAUGUGCCACUUCGACGCCUUCUCACUCUAGCAGCAGAGAUGAUUCAAUAGAUCAAGACAAGAACAUUCUCUCAUCUGCUAGAAUGCCAAAAGAGCCAAUGGGACUAGAUCCUAGGAAGAACAAAAAGUUGCUCUGUGAACCCGGUUCGGGUACAAAAAAAAGGGAAAGCAAGGUAACAAGAACUAUUCCACGCCCCCAGCCCAGGACCCAACGAAAGAUUUCGCUUAAGAAGAAGGUCAAGCUUGGGGUAGCUUCUGCAACAUAUCCUACAAAUAAAGUUGGGGAAGUUGAUCAUCCCAUAGAUCCUAAUACAAAUCAACUUCUCUGCCAGAGGUGUCACUGUGCAUUGAAGAACUCCAGCAUAAAGACCGACCCUUCCCCGUACUCUACUCACCAUCCUAAGAUAGGUUCAGACAAUCCGUGUUCUGUUUCAAGCAAUGUCGGUAAAGAAGCUAAUCAGGAUUCUCUUGCAUCCCCUCAUGGCAAUAACAUUGCUAUGAGCGGUAAUGUAGCCAGCAAGAACUCGUCCGAUUCAGACAAGGUCAGUCAUAAUAGUGAAUCUGGCAUUGUCAUGAAACACGAUGUCUCUUCAAGAAAUUACAGUGGAACCGAUGCUGCUGAUGAAAAGGGAAGAGAGAAUCCAACUUCCAGCGAAAAGUUUGAGUUCUCAUUGAGUUCAAAAGACAGUAUAGGGGAUUAUAGCAGCAGCACAAGCAUGAUGAGUGAAGAGAGCAAUCUAAGCAGGUUUAGCUGUGGUAAUAAACCUCACAUGUCGAUGGAUGUGAGAUGGGAAGCCAUUAAACAUGUCAAGUUGCAGUAUGGCACUUUAGGUUUACGGCAUUUCAACCUUUUGAAGAAGCUCGGUUGUGGAGACAUAGGAACCGUAUAUCUAGCCGAGCUGAUAGGUACAAACUGCCUGUUUGCCAUAAAGGUCAUGGACAAUGAGUUCUUGGCCAGAAGAAAAAAGACGCCGAGAGCCCAAGCAGAAAGGGAAAUACUCAAAAUGUUAGAUCAUCCUUUCCUGCCUACCUUGUAUGCCCAGUUUACAUCAGAUAGUUUAUCAUGUCUGGUCAUGGAGUACUGUCCUGGUGGAGAUCUUCAUGUACUGAGGCAGAAGCAGCUCGGCAGGUGUUUCCCGGAACCUGCAGCUAGGUUCUAUGUUGCGGAAGUCCUCCUUGCAUUGGAGUACCUACACAUGCUUGGUGUUAUAUACCGAGAUCUGAAACCAGAGAACAUCCUUGUCCGAGAAGAUGGCCACAUUAUGCUUACGGAUUUCGACCUCUCACUCCGAUGUGUCGUGAACCCGACUCUUCUUAGAUCAUCUUCUCCACCGGGGAAAGAUCCAGCAAGGAUUUCGGGUCCACAAAACACAUCCAACUGUAUACAACCCUUCUGCAUCGAACCAUCUUGUAAGGUCCCAUGUUUCAGCCCGAGGCUAUCGUCAUCCCAAGCUGGGAAACAGAAAGCUCGGAAGCUGAAAAGGGCUGAUCUUUUAACCACCCAACGGUUCAAAUCACUGCCCCAACUUGUUGCAGAACCAACCGAGGCAAGAUCAAAUUCCUUUGUAGGAACACACGAGUACUUAGCCCCGGAGAUCAUCAAAGGAGAGGGUCACGGCUCUGCAGUGGACUGGUGGACGUUUGGUAUCCUUCUCUACGAGCUUUUAUAUGGAAAGACGCCUUUCAAAGGCUACAACAAUGACGAGACACUGGCCAACGUUGUGUUGCAGAACCUCAGGUUUCCUGAUAGCCCUCUGGUGAGUUUCCAAGCAAAGGAUCUGAUCAGAGGGCUGCUUGUGAAGGACCCUGAGAACAGGUUUGGUUCAGAGAAAGGAGCUGCCGAGAUCAAAAGGCACCCAUUUUUCGAAGGGCUGAACUGGGCUCUCAUCCGUAGCGCUAUCCCGCCCGAGCUGCCCGAUUUCUACGAGCUCGGGGCACCAGAGAGCGAUAACAGGUAUCUUGAGUGUAAAGCCAUGGGUGAUCAUCUCGAGUUCGAGUUGUUUUAGGGGGGACAAAACACACACUACUGUCCUUGUGGUGGGGAGGAGAAGUUUCUGAGUAAUGUUGUUGUAUCAGAUAUGUAAAAUUUUAAGCCUAAGAUGUAAAGUUCCUCCUUCAAGAGAAACUGAUCUGAAAUAUGGACAGAGGUUGGUAAAAAUA